AUGAUCCCUCGAACGGUCACGCGCCCCGCGUCUGCCAAUGCAGGUGGUUUCUCAGUGACGCUGAUCACCAAUGAGAUGUUCGUAUCGUUGAUAUACUUGGACUUGCGUUCAAAACAACCCAACACGAGAGUUCGUUUGCUCGUGAGGCACUGUAAAUACCAAACCUACUUUCCGAUGAUCCGGAGGCUCCAGGCAAUCAGCGGUUUCUCACCGAUCGUACGGUUUGGUGUUGCGUGUUGUCUGGCAGAAUUUCCGCAUCCGGUUUUACAGCGAACUUUCUCAAGGCCUGUGCUCAGCCGAUACUCGAAAGCGUUUGGGUUUUUCCUCGUUGUUUAUACAGCUGCCGAGCUACUCGAGUCAAGGCAGCCGCUACGUGCUUACACACCAAACACAAGUAUCGUGCUCGCUACACCACAGCCUUUUCUGUAG